UCUGCUCACCUAGAGAAGAAAGAAAAUGACGGAGUUGAAGUACAUAUCUGGAUUUGGAAAUGAAUGUGCCUCAGAGGACCCUCGCUGCCCUGGUUCCCUGCCAGAAGGACAGAAUAAUCCUCAAGUCUGCCCCUACAAUUUAUAUGCUGAGCAGCUCUCAGGAUCAGCAUUUACCUGUCCACGGAGCACCAAUAAGCGAAGCUGGCUGUAUAGGAUUCUACCUUCUGUUUCUCAUAAGCCCUUUGAAUCCAUUGAUGAAGGCCAUUUGACUAACAACUGGGAUGAAGUCGAUGCUGAUCCUAACCAGCUUAGAUGGAAACCAUUUGAGAUUCCAAAAGCAUCACAGAAGAAAGUGGACUUUGUGAGCGGUCUGUACACCUUGUGUGGAGCUGGAGACAUUAGAUCUAACAAUGGGCUUGCUAUCCACAUUUUCCUCUGCAACACCUCCAUGGUCAACAGAUGCUUUUACAAUUCAGAUGGAGACUUCUUGAUUGUUCCCCAGAAAGGGAAACUUCUCAUUUACACUGAGUUUGGCAAGAUGCUUGUGCAGCCCAAUGAGAUCUGCGUCAUUCAGAGAGGAAUGCGAUUCAGCAUAGAUGUCUUCGAGGAGACCAGGGGCUAUAUCCUGGAAGUCUAUGGGGUCCACUUUGAGUUGCCAGACCUGGGACCUAUUGGAGCCAAUGGCUUGGCCAAUCCUCGUGAUUUUUUGAUACCUGUCGCCUGGUAUGAAGAUCGUCAUGUGCCAGGUGGCUACACAGUGAUUAAUAAGUACCAGGGCAAGAUGUUUGCUUCCAAACAGGAUGUUUCCCCAUUUAAUGUUGUGGCUUGGCAUGGAAACUAUACUCCGUACAAGUACAACUUGGAGAAUUUUAUGGUUAUCAACGCAGUGGCCUUUGAUCAUGCAGACCCUUCCAUUUUCACUGUGUUGACUGCCAAGUCUCUCCGCCCUGGAGUGGCCAUCGCUGAUUUCGUUAUUUUCCCGCCUCGAUGGGGGGUUGCUGAUAAGACCUUCAGGCCUCCAUAUUACCACAGGAACUGCAUGAGUGAAUUUAUGGGACUCAUCAAAGGCCACUAUGAGGCAAAGGAAGGUGGGUUUCUGCCAGGCGGGGGCAGCCUUCACAGCACAAUGACUCCACAUGGGCCUGAUAAUGACUGCUUUGAGAAAGCCAGCAAAGCCAAGCUGGAACCUGAGAGGAUUGCAGAUGGCACCAUGGCUUUUAUGUUUGAAUCUUCUCUAAGUAUGGCUGUCACCAAGUGGGGCCUCAAGACCUGCAAUUGUUUGGACGAAAACUACUACAAAUGCUGGGAACCUCUAAAGAGCCACUUCACCCCCAACUGCAAGAACCCAACUAAAUGAACCUAGAGUGUUGCUAAAAUAAAUGAUUAUGUUUCUGUGAUUACUUUAGAUUCUCAUGUCCUCUGGCAGUACUGAGAAAGAGUGUUGGUAAAGGAGAGUUUACUUUUAUACAGUAACUCAGACAUUUAUAGAAAUGUACUUGGAAAUUUGUAUGGCUGUCAGUUUAACUUCUGAAUAAAUAUUUGCUUGUGUUCAA